AUGGCCCGCCAAGAUUUUCUUCUUGUUGCACUUGUUUUCAUCGCUUUUGUUGGGGCAUUAGCUGCUGAUUCAUCACAUUCAUCAGCCCUUUCAAAGUCGCCAUCUUCUUCGCCUUCGAAGUCACCAUCUUCUGCUUCCCCAACUUCCUCCCCCAAGUCUUCCUCUACCAAGUCACCGUCACCAUCCUCUAGUGGCCCUUCUCCGUCACCAUUAAAAUCCAGUGGAGGAGCACCCAAGUCAUCUGCUUCCGGAGCCCCGAAGAGUUCUUCAAGCUCCCUUUCUCCUAGCUCUAGAAAAAUUGGUAGCCCCAAGGCCAAUAAAGGAUCCCCUUUUGAAGUUGAGUCUCCCGAGGAGGUCUCAUCCCCUCCUUUGCCGCCAACUGCUGAUUAUGAAGUUUCCGAUUCCCCUUCUCCUAGCUCUAAAGACAAGGCUACCGUUGUUGAUAGUGUAAUCCCUUUAUCUAGUAGUAACAGUCUAGCACGAUCACCCUCUAAUACAAUUACUAUCAAAGCCAUCACUAGCAUUAUCGUUGUCGCAGCUAUUGCAGAAUUAUUCCUCUCUUAG